AUGACAGAGACCAUCAUGGCAGCUCCGAAGAAGAGCGAGCCGGGCUCUCGCCGCGUCUUCAUGGAGACGCUGAAAGCGGCCUAUGCGCUGGCCACCGACCGCACCGACUUCAGGAGGAAUUUAAUUGUAAACAUAGGACUGUUUGCCGUAGGAGUGUAUAUUGCCCGGAAUCUAUCCGACAUUGAUUUGAUGGCACCUCAGCCUAUGGCAUAAGUGUGAUCUUGAUGCUGGAAACCUAGCAACAGCUGGAAGUCCACCAGCAGUGCUGUCGUAACUUUUCCAUGCUGUGAUCAAAUCCCAUGCUACAAAGAUGAAAAGCAGCUAUUGACUUACAAAAUGGGAAGCAAUUUGAUGUACAGAAUUAACUAGUUUAAUCAGAAGUUACU